UUUGUCCUGACGUUGCUUUUACUCAUACUGAAAGUGAAAGAAGGAACGGGGCUGGUUAACAAAACAUCCAUGUCGAGUUGUGUCAGUUAAACGAUCAUUCCACCACCAAGAGACGUCGCCUCGUGGAGGAGCGUGUAAGGUAAACUAACAUGGCCUCGAAGGGUAUCCUCCUUUUUUUCACUGCCAUCUACAUCAGAACAAGAAAUACAAACGCAGCUUUUGUAAAUGUGGAAUGCCAGGCUGAAAACGUGGGACAGUAUGGCCAGCAGUCACUGCUGCAGUGUGUUGUCAAAACCUCACAAGACGUGGUAGACCCAGAAAUCCGGGUGGUCAUCUGGAAGAAAGAGGGAGUCGAAAAGCAAGUAAAGAACAACCCUUUACUGCUUUUUAACAGAGGGGAAAUUAAGCUCAAGCCAGGCUAUUCUUUUGCUGAGCCAUCCUGGAAUGUCAGAAACAUGAACGUAUCCCUGCUCAUCACCAACACUGCUGUAGAGCAAGAGGGAGAUUAUACAUGUACGGUGAUAACAAACAGCGGCGACAGCUCCAGCAGCACCAGCCUUAAGGUCACAGCCAAAUACAACAAACCAACUAUCCACUCCAACCCUGAGACAAUAACUGUUAAUACAGAUGUUACCCUGAUGUGCGAUUCUGAUGGUGGCUACCCAAAAGGUCAACUUCGCUGGUUUGAUGAGAACAAAACGGAGUGGACAAAAAGCUCUCAAAUGGAGGCAAAGCUGACAGAAAGUGGUCUGUUUCACCUCUCUAGCAAGCUGUCUUUGCUGAAAGGAUCCAUUUUCACCAAAUACACCUGCAAAGUGUUCAAUGCCAGUGGAGACAAAGAGGAAGAGGCCACAUUUGAAGUACAACAUGCAACAGGUUCACUUGGCAACUUCACAGCCACCCUAUCUGAUCUGCCAGCCUCCAAAAUAGUCGCUCCUGUGGUGGUCAUCGGAUCUCUGAUUGUAGGGUUGUUGGUGCUGUUGGCGCUGCUGAUCUAUAGAAAGCGAUCUCAACAGGCGCGGAGACAGUCCACAACACCCCUUAUGGGUGACCAUCGUGGGCUCCCUACACGCGAUUACGAUGACGGUGAUCAUCAGGAGAGGGAUCAAACAUGCCAAGUCAGCCAGGCCUGAGCUGCAGGAGACACUGCACGUCACAUGACACAUGCCAACUACUGGCAACCUCUGAAAUCAACACUUCCUUGUUUGCUAAUCUCCACUCUAUCGUUGUACUUUUCCUAUUGCAAACGACUGUGUAUAUAACCAGGAAUAACUUGUACUACUGUGAUUAAUCAGAGGAACUGUAAGCGCUUCAUUCACCUCAACUUUCUAAAAAAAGGAUCUUAAAUCAGAUCUAAAUCUGAAGAAAGAUCUCUGAUUUUGAAUCAGUGAUGAUGGUCAACUAGAAGGCAGGGGGUCCUGUUCAGGCCGUGUGACCUUUAAAAGUUGACAACCACAUCGGGAGAUAUGUGUAACAUCACCGAAAACCACCUUAGUGAAUUUAGGAGGGCAGCGGAUCUUUGAUACAUUUUGGUUGUUGGAGAAAAUGUUUUAAUUGUGCCCACGUAGUAACUGUAGCAUUUUGUAACUUGGCAGGAAUGGCCCUCCUUUUUACUUCCUCUUGUCGUAUUAUGUCAAAAUUCUGAAGAAAGCGUUGCGCAAAAGAAAGUCUUAUAUUAUUAGGAUAGGGGCAGGGAGUUAUAUGUGUAUUCCAUGGAAAUUUAACAAAAGACAAGCAUAAUACUUUUUUUUUGUCAACUAAUCCCAUGAAAAGACCAAAAGCAGCAAUGUGCUAGCCCAUCUCAGGACUUUUUGUCUUUCCUACCGUCUGGGGCUCUCAGAUCCAGGACCAUUUGUUCCUACUGACGACGUAAAUCGUUAAAAUGGGUUCCAAGCGUUACAUGCAGUUAAAUUUUUUAAAAAACUUCAGUAAUUUCCCUAAACAGCUGGGUGCUGUCUUUUAGUUUCUCAGGACUAAUUUGUGUAUUUGUUUAGAGCUAUUCUCAGUCACACACUAGUAAGCAUUUGUGACACCAGGUGGGAUGGACUCAAAAUAUACAUAUUUAAGGAGUGAGCCAAAAUUUAGACCAUCUUCUAGUCACUAAAUUAAUGAGAUGACAUACGUGAGAAUAUGUCUGACUCAACUCAGCAGGUGACACUGAAUGAUGAUUACAUUGUUUUGUGCAUUGUAUUGUGUUGUUUGUUUAGCGGUCAUUCAUCAGUGCAGCAGGAGGCUGUGCCAGUUUCUAGGGUGUUGACCUGGAUCACACUGGAGGUCUGUGGCGCAGAGGAAUAAGCUAUACUGGAGUGGCUACAACGGCAAUAAACAGUAUGUUAGUAGAUGAGUUCAUAGUUGGUAGAAAAUCAGAAAAAGUAUAGAUUAUCGCCGGACUUUUCCUUUUUAAGGGUCCUUAUUCAGAAGUUUCUCAUGGUUUUAGAGCACGUAUUAUUUCCUGUUUUAAGACAAAUAAUAUCAACGAUUCUAACUUUAGUGUUACCGCUCACUGUCUGAGAACAUUCAGCCCCCAGCAAAUUUCAUAUCCUUAUUCUAACCACUGAGAAAUUUCACGAGAUAGAUGCUGGUUGCACUUCUGUGCAUCACAUGAUCUUCACUCGUCAAGUUGUAUAAAA